GAGCACUUCCUCUGUGUGUUGUGUCAUGCGGGUGUAGACUAUGGAAAUAACAGGGCGGGACUGAAUGUGAAACGGUGCAAACGAAAGAGUUUGAACUAAACACACACAGACAGACGAACAGACGAGCUCACAAAGACUGGAUUAAGAUGUCCUUCAUGGCCACUUUGGUCACUUCUGGGGAAACCGUCACCUCGCCCACAGAUAAGAACAACAUGUCUUGGAACGGGACAUUCCUGGACUCACAGUUCCGCUACUCUCUCUUCCCCGCCUUCUACGGCCUGGUGUUCAUUCUCGGCUUGUUGGCUAACAUCUACGCGCUCUUCAUCCUGCGGCAUAUGCGUGACGCCAAGGCCAUGAACGAGAUUAGGAUCUACAUGACCAACCUGACCGUGGCCGACCUGCUGUUCAUCCUCGUUCUCCCCUUCUGGAUCGACUACUACCGUAACAAUGGCAACUGGAACUCCUCGGAGGCACUGUGCCGCAUCGCUGGCGCGCUGUUCUUCAUCAACACUUACUGCUCUGUCCUCUUCCUCACUGUGAUUAGCGUCAACCGCUACUGGGCCGUGACCCGGCCGCUAGUCGCUGCUUCUUCUGACUGCUGGAGGCGAGGCAUCAUCGUGUCCUUCAUCAUUUGGGUCAUCACACUAGCGGCCGCAGCUAAGCAGCUCAGAGAUACCGGCAUCCAGAAAGACGGCAGCAUUUCACGAUGUUUUGAAGGAUAUCACAACCAGUCAGCAGGAGAAAAGAUAGCUGUAGCGGCCAUCCACUUUAUCAUCAUCGGCAUCUUCUUUGUCGUUUUCAUGCUCGUCAUUGUGUGUAAUGUGCUAAUUGCUAGCACCUUGCUAAAGCAGCCUAUCAGCCAGCCGAGGCCCAGCACGGGCAGGAGGCCGCAGGGUACAAAACGGCGCGCCCUGCGCAUGCUGUGUGCCGUCAUAGGGGUUUUUGUUGUGUGCUUCGUCCCACACCACGUGGUUCAGGGGCCCUGGACGCUAGCCGUUCUGGAGCUGACCGACUGGAGCCAGCAAACCCGCCAGCGCCUGAACGAUGCCCACCAGAUCACCCUGAUGCUCAUGGGACUGAACUGUCUGCUGGACCCCGUUGUCUACUGCUUUGCCACCAGGAAGUUCCGCAAGUACAUCCAGGGGCACCUGCGGAAGGUCAAAGAUGGGAAAGCCUGCUCCACCAACACCACCAUCACCGGAGUGUCCAUGAAGGUCAAGCACCAAAAUGAAUUGGUUAGCGUCUUUGAAGACCCCAAAGAGUAGCUGUGUGUUCAAGGUGGAGCACUGUGCUCCAGAAACCAGAGCUCUUCAGGGAUAGACAUGCUGCACACAGUGAUUAAAUUAAAUACAUACCAGACAGAAAGUGGAGAAAAUGGAGAGUGUAUAAACACUGGAUAGAAAGUGGAGAAAAGAGUACUGUGUAUGUACUGGACAUUAAAGAGAAACAUGGAGUUUUUGCAUACUGGACAUAAAAGGGAAAGUGAAGUGUGCUGGACCUAAAAGGGACAAUUGGGGUGUGUAUACAUACUGGAUAUAAAAGAGGAAAUUGGGGUGUGUGUACAUCCUGGAUAGAAAGUGGAUAAAUUCUGGGUGUGCAUAAAUAACAGAUCGAAAAGUAGAGUGUGUACAUGUACCAGACAUAAACAAGAAAUGUGAAUUGUCCAUACCUACUGGAUAAAAAAUGAAGAAAUGGACAGUAUGUAUAAAUACUGGACAGAAUAUGAAAAAAUGUGAAGUAUGUAUACAUACUGGAUAGGAAGUGGAAAAAUGAUGAGUUUGUAUACAUACUGGGUAGAAGUGGAAUGUGUGCACUUAUUUGACAAUUUGAGCUUUUCAACAGAAGGAACGUCACAGAUGUUUAUCUAAACGACUGCAGAGCAUUUAACAUAAAACAUCAUUCAGAUCAUGAAUAAUGCUUUAGUGUAUGCAGCUCACUGUACAGGUGAUUUCACAUCAUUUUUCAUAACUUAGCCAAUCUCUGCUCUUUAGAAAUAAUCUGCCUGAAAUUCCAGAAUUUCACAGAUGCGGAAAUGAUAUUUUUAAAUCAUAACCAUCUCGAUUUCAAACCGUACAGAAAGCUGCGGUGGUUUUGUGAGCGUGAUGUUCUUCCUGUUCUCAGCUGCAUUUCUUCACACCCCUCUUCAUCGUCUUAUGCAACUUUUCUAGUUCUCCAAAAUGCAGGAAAUUCAGAAAUAACCCCCCCCCCCAAAGGAAGCAUGCAUGGUACACUUUAAAAACUACACACUCAAAAACGACGGUUCUUCAAGUGUUCUUCAGUAAAAACAAUGGCUUCAAUUACAACCAUGAGUUCAGUGUAGAUCUAUCUAGUGCAUAAAUGGUUCUUCAAAUUGAUGGAGAACGUGCUGUAUGGUUAUAAAUAGCACAAAAAAGGUUCUGCUAUUGUUACGGUGUCAAGUUUAUCACAAUAGAAGAACCCUUUUUGGUGCUGUGGUGCUUUUUAAGUGUGUAGGCUCCUAAAUGGUUCUUGACUUGGUUAAAAACACUCUAUAUUGGUGAAAAUACUGUAGAUUCUGUAUGUUUUAGAGUUUUUCUGCUCUAAUUGAUCGAUUGAACUGAUCCUCAAACUCUUCAUGUGCUGAAUCAGGUGCUAGAGUAGGACUGGCUCAACAAAUUAUAUAUAUAUAUAUAUAUAUAUAGAUAGACUCUGAUAUGUAUAUAUAUAUAUAUAUACUCUUAAAAAAGGUGGU